AUGAUAAAGUUAAGCACACUAUUUUUACUGGUGGUAUCGUGUUAUGUCUCGGGAAUAGAUGGAAAAUUGCACGAUCUUUUGAUUUCAAAAACCCUUCCAUUCAUUAAGAAUUUUCGCAAAAAUAAUGGCAAAUUGAAGAAUAAUAAUAAAAACAGCUUUGAUAAUUAUGAAAAAAAAAUGCUUAGUGACUCAAGUUCUAUUAAUGUAAUGUUUGACCCAAGGAUGAAAAAGGUUGUGCCUUCAAGGAUGCGCAAACAACAUAUUGUAGGAGGGUUUGCUCAAAAUACUGUCGAUCAAUCAGAUGUUGAAAUGGGAAAAUAUGAGACAGCACUAAGAUUUGUUGAAAAUAUGAAUAAUCAAAUGUUAGUAUUGGCAAAGGAAAUGAAUUCUGCAUUACAAAAUGAAAAAUAUACUGCAUUGGAAGGACAUAACAGAUUGACCUCUAUAAUGAAAGAGUCUCUUGCAACUAUGUAUUCUCUUGAUUCUCUAAAAAAUGCUAAUAUUAUAAACUUUUCAAAAUAUAACUCUGACUGGUAUGCUACUGCCACGAUGAAAGAAAAAUAUGAAGCUGCCAAACAUUUACAAAGUGUCAUUGAUAGAUUGUUUAAAACUUCAGAUAAAAAAAAAAACGUUAAUGAAAAAAAAAUAAAUGAAAAUAUUAAACAGCUUGAAACCGAUUUAUUACUCCAACGUUUUAUUAUGGACAAUGCCAAUGCAUCAAUGUUGUUAAAAAAAUAUGAAGAUAAUAGCAAUAAAUAUAUGGCACCUUGGUAUACUGAUGUGUGUGGUCAAUUAGGUCACCCACUUUUAAGUUACGUAUUUGAAGGCACCUAUAAACAUACUGUAAACAACAGUUUAGAGUUUUUCAAAAAAUAUGUUCCAAAAUUAACAACAAAAAUAACUAAGAUGGUUGAAGAUGGGGAUAUAAUAUUACUAGACCGAAUGUUUGAACAUUCUUUGGAUAAAUUUAAAAAUAAAGUUUCAAAUCUUAUGAAUAAAAAAGUUGGAUUUACAGACAUGUGUUCGAAAAAAUGUUUUGAUGAAACCAUAGAAGAAAAAUACAAAAUAAAUAAUUAUGACCUUGUACUUAAUCCUCAAAAUACUAAACAAAGAAGAGGAGAUUUAACAAGAAUGAUACUUUACUAUUACAAAGACACAAUAAACAAUAUCGAAGCCACUGCGGAUAUUACUUUAAUUAUGCUUCUCCAUUUAAGUUCCUCUGCAAAAACAAUUGAGGCUGGACAUAUAGAUUUAGAUAUAGCUCAAACAACAAAUAAAAAAAAUCUGAUGAUUUUAGCUGGUGAAGACGAUAAGAAAUCUAAACAUGAUUUAUUUAAAAUUGCACCUUACAAAUUUUUCCGAGAUCCACAAGACAAAUCAUAUACAGCACCAAUAUUUGCAAUUGGUGAUGUUAUGAAAAUAUGUUCUUUAUCUAAAAAGUUUAAAAAUUAUAAUUCUUUAUAUGAAAAAACAAAAGGAUUAUGGGAUGAAAUUCAAAGUCUUUAUUCUGCAUCUUAUGGAUUUGUUCCUUCUAAAAAGAUUAAAGCACAAACUUUUAUUUCAUCAAAAAUUAGAAAUGUCGGAUUUCUUUUUAAAUGGCUUAACAGUAAUGACGUAUCAUCGACUAAUUCAAACUUUUUAGUUAAAAACUACUCUCCCUUAGUAUCCCUCAGUUUGCAAUUAACAUUUUUUAUAAAUACAAUGAUAGAGCAAUAUGAGUCCAGCUUUUUAGGAAAUUUUUCGUCUGCUCUAAGAAAAAUAUUUACAUUGGGUAAAAGUGGAUCUAAUCCUAAAAAUUAUAGUGAUUUAAUUAAUUUUUCAGAGACAGAUUAUUUAUUACGAACCCAAAAAUUUGAUGGUGUUCAAAGAAUAAUAAAUCAGACAGUUAAAGUUUUAAAGAAAAAGUUUUAUUCUGCUGAAUUUACUCCUAAAUUAUUUGCCCAAUAUGUUUCACUAUUUUUAUCUUUAUGGGUAUUUGAAGGAGAAAAAGAUAUUUCAAUGAGCAAUCCAAAUAUUUCGAGAUUUAAAAAAUUAUUUUUCCUAUCAUUUUUAGUUCACAAAUCUGGAAUUGUUGAAAAGGCAACUGAAAUAAUAUGUGAAAAUUGUCAGAAAAAAACAAAAAAAAUAGUUUUAGGAUGUAUACAUGAUUAUGGAGGAAAGGAGAAAACAAAAAUAUUAGGACUUUUUACCAGAAAAUGUAAACCAACUGUUGUACCUAUUAAUAAAAGAAGUAUACGUAAAACUUUGAAGGUUCUUAUGACUACAUUAUCUGAUCCACUUGAUAUUUUAAAGAUAGCUGUUGAUUUAGCUACAAGAUGUAAAUAUUAUAAUGCUGCUUCUCCAAAUUCGAAAAAGAAACAUAAAGAAAAUUAUGAUCUAUUUGUAAAAUCAGAAUUAUCUCUUCGACACACAUGUGCUGUUGUUACAAAAAAAUUAGUACAAAAAUCAAUAAGACGAGUAUCCAGACUUAAAGACUUUAGUGAAGCUCCACAUAUUAUAGAACAAACAUUAGACAGUGUGCAAUAUUUAAAAAUGAGAAAUCAUAGAGACCCAGAUAGCACUUUUACUGUCCUUUGUCCUUUUAUGCAAGGAACUGACAAGAAUAUCAGAGAUUUAGAACGCACACAAAUUAUUUCCUUUGUUUUGAAAAAUGUGGGAAUUUCCAAUAUAAUUAAGGGAAAAAUACAUAACGUAUUCAGCAAAAAUAUUAACAUUAAAGAAGGAUUGAAAUCAGACAGUGUUGUUACUGUAAAAGUUGGAGGCCGUAAAUUUAAUGGAAGUCUAUUUGUUGGAGGAUAUCACUUGAACGUUAAUGAUAUUGAACAAAAUGCCUUACAUAUUGGAUUAUCCAAAUCAAGAAAAGUAUAUAAUGGAUCUCAGUUUAUGGAUGAAUUAGAAUUAUUAAAAGAAGAUGGAAUCAAAGAUAUUAUAAUGAAGGGACUAGACGAGGAUAACGAAAGAUUAUAUGUUCUUGCAAACGGAGAAAAAAUAUCUGAAUUUGAAUAUGCCAAAGAAAAUCCAAAUGCUAAUAUCAUAAUUUUCGACGGAAAUAACUAUAUUUCUUCUUAUGCUCUUCGUGAAAUUGGACUUGAAGCCGAAAGAAUUGUAUGGGCCGGAAAUAAUGUAGGUUGGACUGCAGAAUUCGCUCUAGGAAAUAUUUCUGAUCGUCCAAUUCCAAUAUUUGAUGGAUCAGCAUGGAUACUUCUUGAUAAGUUGUCUAUCAAAAAUAUAUUAGGGGACUUCUUGCCAAAAAAUGUAAACGGAAAUUUAUUAGCAAAGGAUAUCAGCUUUACUAUAUUGAAUAAAGAUGGAAGAGCAAUAUUAAAGAAUACAAUGCCCAUUGUAAAUUUGAAAAACGCAACCUUUACACUUGGUGGAAUAUUAAAUUUUGUUAUAAAGGCUGAAAAGGGAAAUGGCAACGAAAUUAUUGUUCAUACAAGAAUACCAUAA